AUGGCGAAGAAGAGGAAAUCGGAUGCGACGCGGCUCGAUGAGGUGGAUCGAGGGAUAUACACUGCUUUCUGCAGCGCCGCCAAUAAUCUAUCUCAGCUGUACUCUCAGGCCAUGAACCAGCAGCGGCUAUCCUUCCAGGCCGGUGAACGACACGCGAUGGAGAAGCUUUAUAGUUGGAUUUUGAGGCAGCAAGAAGAUGGUGUUCGAGUGACGCCUGGUGACAUAGUUGCCUAUGUGCAGAAUGAACUCGAUUGUGCAAUAGAGGAGCAGCAACAACAGCAACCAACACAGAAUCCUACUCAAUCGACUCACGCGAUAGCCCUUCCCAUGAUUCUCCAUAUUAGAAGCAAAUCUGCGUUCUGGGAUCUAAGAAGCACUGUUGGUGGGGGAGUGGAUUGCGGAAUUUUAGGAAAGCAAUGUGGGAAUUUGUGGGUGUUUGGUGAGCUUUAG